AUGUGCAAAAACAACAAAAUGGGAAGCGGUAGAUUUGGUUUUGCCGUUAACAAGAAAGACAAAGUGAAUGUUACGAAUGAAGUGAAGACUGAGUUUAGUGUUAAGGAAAAAUGUCAGAAAAUACAGAAGAAACUAAAGACUGAAAAGAAGAAGACUGAAGACGCGCAGGAGAAAACGAUCUGGUGGAAUCAAUGUAGCAGUCUAAGCGAGAUCGAUCAGUAUCUGUGGAUGGUGGGGGGCUCAGCUGGUGCUCUGGCUUUGACCGGGGUCGCAGCCGCAUCGGCCUUCUAUCUAAGUACACGACCGAAACCAGAGAAACCACUCGUGACGCUACACGAACAGAGCCUCCUGGAGUCUGGACCUGAGAUGGUUCGUGUUUCGAAAUUCUACAAAGACGCGAAGAACGGACGUUUCCUACGAUAUCUUCACGAGGAUACACGCACACUUUACGACACUUUCCGACGAGGCGUAAAAGAGUCGAACAAUGGCAACUGUUUGGGUUGGCGCGAGGGUCCGAACAAGCCUUACGUUUGGCAGACAUAUAAUGAGACUCUACUGCGCGCAAAGAAUUUUGGUUCCGGUCUGCUCUGUCAAGGUCUCAUUCCCGGUCAGACUACAUUUGUCGGUAUUUAUUCGCAGAAUUGUCCUGAAUGGAUUAUGACCGAACAGGCGGCGUAUUGUUAUUCGAUGGUUAUAGUUCCGUUGUAUGAUACGCUAGGAGCGAACGCUUGUGCCUUCAUUGUUAACCAAACUGAAAUGGCUGUAGUAAUUUGUGAAGACGACAAAAAAGCCAAUCUCCUACUGGAUCAGUCGCCUCGAUGCCUCAGAAAACUGAUUACAAUUAAGGAAGUAUCGCCGUCUACAUUUCAACGCGCCAAGAGCCGUGGUGUUGAGAUUUUGAAGUUCUCUGACGUCGAAAUACAGGGAGCUCAAAAGGACCAUCCUUUUGUCCCACCGAAACCGGAAAACCUUUGUACAAUAUGUUAUACGUCCGGAACGACUGGGAUGCCUAAAGGCGUUAUGCUGACUCACGAGAACGUUGUAGCUUCGAUGUGCAGCGUUACGAUGCAACUCGGCGAGCAUCGACCCACCAAGAACGACAUCAUGAUCUCCUUCCUGCCUUUAGCUCACAUGCUGGAGCGAUGCUGCGAGAAUGCUCUCUACAUGGUGGGAGGAGCCGUUGGUUUCUACAGUGGCGAUAUAAGGAGGCUGGGCGAUGACCUCACCGCUCUUAAGCCGACCAUGAUGCCGGCUGUUCCACGUCUCCUGAACAGACUGUACGACAAAGCCCAGACUGAGAUCGCCAACUCGAAAAUCAAGAAAUUACUUUUCAACAUGGCGCUAUCCGCAAAAGAAUCGGAAUUGAAGAGAGGAAUAGUUCGUGCUGACUCGAUAUGGGACAAGUUAGUUUUCCGCAAGGUUCGAGAAGGUAUGGGAGGACGACUUCGGAUAAUGGUCGUCGGAUCAGCGCCUUUAGCAGGAAACGUACUGACUUUCGCGAGAUGCGCCCUCGGUUGUUUGAUCGUGGAAGGCUACGGUCAGACAGAGUGCACUGCGCCGGUGACGCUAACAGUUCAGGGAGAUCAUGUUCCUGAACACGUCGGCCCUCCCGUCGCUUGUUGUAAAGUGAAGCUAGUGGACGUGCCCGAAAUGGAGUACUAUGCGGCGCAGGGCCAAGGUGAGGUUUGCGUGCAGGGAGCUAACGUCUUCAAAGGAUACUUCAAGGACGCGGAGAAAACCAGAGAGGUCAUCGACCAAGACGGAUGGCAUCACACCGGCGAUGUCGGCAAGUGGUUACCUAACGGUACCCUGAAAAUAAUCGACAGAAGAAAACACAUUUUCAAAUUGUCACAAGGCGAAUAUAUAGUUCCUGAGAAAAUUGAAAACAUUUACAUUAGAAGUCAGUACGUUGAGCAAGUCUUUGUUCACGGUGAAUCAUUGAAGUCCUGCGUGGUCGCCAUAGUUGUACCGGACGUGGAUGUCGUUAAAUGCUGGGCUUUAGAAUACGGUAUCAAAGGAACCUUCUCAUCUCUGUGCGAGGAUGAACGAGUGAAGAAGGUCAUCAUGGAGGACAUGCUUCAGUGGGGCAGGAACGCUGGCCUGAAAACUUUUGAACAGGUAAAAGAUAUAUACUUGCAUCCGGAUCCGUUUUCGGUACAGAACGGCCUACUGACGCCAACGAUGAAGGCAAAGAGACCAGAAAUACGAAGUUAUUUCAAACCGCAAAUAGAGGACAUGUACAAGCAACUUGAAUAACGGUAGCGAGCACAAUGCACUAAUUAAACUGUAGAGGCAUGUUGUUUGACGGAGACGAACUUUAGUGGAUGGCUGUAAUAUUGUAAUUGUUGAUGAAUACUCGUACACACUUUGAAUUCGAUGGAAGAAGUAAAUUCGAUAACGCAAUGUAAUUUGUAAUGAAUGAUGAGUGAAUAAGUUGGGAAUUUGUGAUUUAAAAAAAAAAAAACGAAGCUUGAGCAAUGUGGGGUUGUUUAUCUUAUUUCGUUGUAUGUUUAUACGUGAGUCGACUAUUAUCAAAGCCAGCAAUGUGACUUUUGGACAAUUAUUGGUAAAUCAGAAAAACGAAUUAUUGACUUGGUAUUCCAUUGGCAGUCACAAAA